AUGGCAUCUUUCAUAAUACCAUUCAAAGCCCUGUUCUUCCUCAUAGUCGCCCUGCAUCAGUCUUCCUCUGUUUUUUCUUCUUCAUCCUCCAUUGCUGCAAAUGAAACAGAAACUCUUCUAAAAUGGAAAGCUAGCCUUGACAACAACACCCAAACUUUGCUCUCUUCGUGGGUUGGAGGCAACCAUUGCAACUGGGUCGGAAUCACUUGCGACAUGGCUGGAACCAUCACCAAUCUAAGCCUUCCAGAUCAUUUGUUGAACUUGAAAGGUACACUUCAUAGUCUUAACUUUUUUUUCUUCCCUAACCUGGUGUGGCUUAACCUUAGUAACAACUCACUGUAUGGGCCCAUUCCCUCACAUAUUGGGAACCUUUCCAAGCUCACCCACCUUGACUUGUCAUACAAUACCUUUUCUGGGACUAUUCCAUCGGAAAUUUCCUUAUUGAAAAGUCUUGAGUUUAUUUCCUUAGGACAAAAUGAGAUCAAUGGUUCCAUUCCACAAGAAAUAGGGAGGUUGAGUUCAGUUUCCGUGAUCUUUUUCUAUAAUAACCAUCUAGAUGGUUCUAUACCUGAAGAAGUUUGCAACCUUUCCAAGCUUACUGAGCUUGACUUGUCUCAUAAUAAUUUAUCUGGAAAUAUUCCAUCUAAAAUCGGAAGGUUGACCAGCUUAUCUACUCUCUACCUUCAUCUAACUAUGUUUUCUGGUUCAAUCCCUGCUUCCAUAGGAAACUUGACCAGCUUAUCUACUCUCGACCUUUAUCAAAAUAUGUUCUCUGGUUCAAUCCCUGCUUCAAUUGGAAACAUGAGGAAGCUUGUGUCGUUAAAUCUUCAAUAUAAUCAUUUAUCAGGGCCAAUUCCUUCGUUCAGCAAUCUUACUCAUUUGGAAUCAUUCCAAAUAUCGGACAACCAUUUGAGUGGUCCAUUACCCGAGCAUGUAUGCCUCGGUGGACAACUCAUAUUCCUUGGGGCUGUCAACAACAAUUUGAGGGGUCCGAUCCCAUCAAGUUUAAGAAACUGCAAAAGCUUAUACAGAGUUAGGCUUGACGGAAACCAGUUGACAGGAAAUAUAUCAGAAGCUUUUGGUAUAUAUCCUAAUUUGACUUAUAUUGCAUUAAGCAACAACAAAUUUUAUGGCGAACUUUCGCCGAAGUGGGGGCAAUGCCCUAGUCUAACAAGCCUACGAAUCUCUAAUAAUAACAUUUCUGGAAAGAUACCACCUGAGUUGAAACAUGCAACUCAAUUACAGGAACUAGAUGUCUCCUCAAAUCAUCUCAUUGGUAAGAUUCCCAAGGAAUUGAGAGAAUUGACAUUGAUGUACAAACUUUUGCUAAGUGGUAACCAACUUUCAGGCAAAAUUCCACCAGAGAUUGGAGUUCUUUCAAAUCUAGAACAUCUUAACUUGGCAUCAAACAAUUUGAGUGGACCGAUUCCUAAUCAACUUGGAGAGUGCUCAAAGUUAUUGGACCUGAAUUUGAGCAAGAAUAAACUUGGAGAAAGCAUUCCACUUUCAGUAAGCUACAUAAAUGGCCUUCGAAAUCUAGAUUUAAGUCAGAAUUUACUUAUUGGGGAGAUACCACAACAGCUUGCAAAAUUACAUUCCUUGGAAACAUUGGACCUUUCUCACAAUAUGCUUAAUGGUUCCAUCCCAAAUUCUUUUAAUAAUUUGCAAAGCUUGACUGUUGUGAAUAUAUCUUACAAUCAAUUAGAAGGCCCUAUUCCUAACAUUAAGGCAUUUCAUGAGGCUUCAUUUGAUGCCUUAAGAAACAAUAAGGGACUAUGUGGUAAUGCCACUGGACUAAUGCCUUGUGCUGUCACUGCAACUAGCAGCGGUCAUAGAAAAAGCACCAAAGUCAUCAUUUUCAUUGUGCUUCCACUCUUUGGUCUUCUUCUUUUGCUUUUUAUCAUAGCUGGAAGUUUCCUUAUUCUUCGCCAAAAGAACCAAACCAGAAAAUCCGAGUCAAUCGAGGCACAACUUGGAGAUUUUUUCACAUUGUGGGGGUAUAAUGGAAGAAUACUUUAUGAGAACAUUAUUGAAGCCACUGAAGAUUUCAGCUCCAACAAUUGCAUUGGUUCAGGAGGCUAUGGAGCGGUUUAUAAAGCUGUGCUACCCAUUGGUGAGGUGGUUGCUGUGAAGAAACUUCACCAAUCUGAAGAUAGCAUGAUUUCCAACAACUUGAAAGCCUUUGAAAACGAGAUUCAUGCUUUAUCAGAAAUAAGGCAUCGUAACAUUGUGAAGCUGUAUGGCUUUUGUUCACAUCCGAAGAACUCAUUUUUGGUUUAUGAGUUUGUAGAAAGGGGAAGUUUGAGAAUGGUGUUAAGCAACAAGGACGAGGCAAUGGAGUUGGAUUGGGAGAAGAGGCUUAAUGUUGUAAAAGGAGUGGCCAAUGCCUUGUCUUAUAUGCAUCAUGACCAUUCACCACCGAUAAUUCAUCGAGACGUUUCCAGCAACAAUGUUCUUCUAGAUUUGGACUAUGAGGCUCAUGUCUCAGAUUUCGGCACAGCCAGGCUUUUAAAGCCUGACUUUUCCAAUUGGACCUCACUUGCUGGCACUUUCGGGUACAUAGCUCCAGGUAUUUAUUGGUAUCUUUUUUUUAAGACACUUUAAACAUGUCAUCAUUC